CGCAAGGAGUCUGACCUGAGCACCAGCGGCGCCUGCGAGUCGCCGAAGCCAAAGAAGGGCAAGGCGAAGGCGAAGGAGAUUGUGACGGCCAUCGCCGCCUACACCGCCAGCGGUCCCGAGCAGCUGACACUGGAGGUGGGCCAGCUGAUUGUGGUGCGCAAGAAGAUGGCCAGCGGCUGGUGGGAGGGAGAGCUGACGGCCAAGGGCAAGAAGAAACAGGUCGGCUGGUUUCCCGCCAGCUACGUCAAGGCGCUUGGCGGGGUGGCGGCCACGGCUGCUGCCGCUGCUACGGGUGGCUCAGCUGGCUCCAGUGCUCGCUCUACGCCUGAUCCAGCGGUGGCAGCUGCAUCGAAACCAGCAGCCCCUGAGGAGCCUGAGAUUGAGCGCGUCACCGGCCUGUACUCCUUCAAGGCGGAACGCGAGGACGAGAUUAGCGUCGAGCCGGGUGACACGGUGCGCGUCCUCUCCAAGCCCGAUCCGACCUGGUGGCGCGGCCACAACACCCGCACCGGCGCCAUUGGCCUCUUUCCCUCGAACCACGUCCAGAAGCAGGGGGCGGAUGGAGGCGGUGCUGCUGCUGCAGCUGCAGGUGGCGCCGAUCAGACCAGCU